AUGUACUCGGACAAUGGUACUACGUUCGCAGGAGCAGACAAGGAGUUGUCGCAAGCGUAUCGAGACGCUCAAAGCGAUGUUAACUUUCUCAACUUUAUCGUGUCAGAUAACAUCACAUGGAGUUUUAUCCCUCCCCAUGCUCCACACUUCGGUGGAUUGUGGGAGGCAGGGGUCAAAAGCGUUAAAUACCACCUUCGUAGGAUAUUAGGAAAUCACACCCUCACUUUCGAGGAACUUACUACCGUGCUUUGUAAAGUUGAAGCAUGCUUAAAUUCAAGGCCCCUGUGCCCAUUGACUGAUUCGAUUGACGAUUUUGAAGUGCUCACUCCGGGUCACUUUUUGAUUGGAUCGGCAAUCACAAUCAAUCCAGAACCUUCUGUUCUGCAAAUCAAUGAAAACAGACUGUCACGGUGGCAGUUGUUGCGACAGAUCACGGAGCGUUUUGGAAGCAUUGGCACGCCGACUAUAUUAACACGCUUCAACAGCGAACUAAGUGGCGAAAGGCAAAGUCACUAUCCAUAUCGGUUCCAUGGUUCUGAUUCAAAAUCCUCUUCUUCCUCCUUGCAAAUGGGAACUCGGACGCGUAAUCCACUGUCAACCAGGCUCUGA